UGAGUUUUACGCAUUGUUUUACAUUAUAAAAAAUAAUAAAUUAAAAUAAGUUACAACUUGUUAAAUGGUUUAAAUAUUUAAAACGUGAAAGUUAUGUGAUUUGGCGCCAAAAUGAAUCAAGAAACGCGCAGUGAUUCGCCCGACAAACGUCAAGAGACAAAUUCGAAAACAUCUUUUUUAAUUGAGGACAUUUUGUACCGCGGGCAAAGGUCAUCCUUCAAAAAACCAGACACAAGAAGGUUUGAAUACGAUGAACCAAAGUAUUUUCAACCACCGAGUGAAAUAAGGCCCCAUGUACAAAGAGAUGGAUAUUUACAAGUCGCUAUGGGAGCUUUAGGAGCCUACUUACAUACACCGAAUGCUUACAAAGCUGUGGAGACUCCGUACUUUUUAUCACAAGGAGUGCCAUACCACGCACUAUUCACGCCAACGGAACUCUCCCUAUCAGCUCUGAAGCACUGUCGCCGACGGAAGGCCAGGACAGUCUUCUCAGACCCUCAGUUGACAGGUCUUGAGAAGCGGUUUGAGUCACAACGCUACCUGUCAACACCAGAGCGCGUGGAGUUAGCUGGAGCCCUCAACCUUUCCGAGACGCAAGUGAAGACCUGGUUCCAGAACAGGCGGAUGAAGCACAAGAAACAGAUGAGGAAGAUGCAGCAGAAAGGAGCUGUUGCUGUGGAUUUCACCAAGCACCCGUUGAAAUGUAAUAAGGAUGAUUCGAGAUUAUCGACAACUCACACGUCGGACUCUGAGACCGAUCAUAGCGACAGCGACAUCGAUAUAGUUGGCGAAUCUAGCUAUGCACAUCACUACGCGACGUAGUCGAUAACGUAAUAUCUAUCGAUUUUGUUUACGUAACGUAAUAUAUCAUUUAUUCUAUGGAGCGUUAUACUCUUCAAACUAUGGACAACUAC